AUGAAACCUGGCAACCAUAUGAGUACCGGCAGCCUGUCCCCACCUUCCACAGCUACGGCGGCAGGUGUCGCUAAGACCACAUCGUUGCCCAUUUCUCGGUCAAGCAAUUCUGCCUGGGAGAAGCCCGAACGAGCACGUACCAGCCACGCAUGUGAGCCGUGUCGGGAGCGAAAGACAAAGUGUGACGGCUCCAGACCGGCAUGCCGCCGAUGCCUCCACACCGGCACCACGUGCUUUUACGGCUAUGGGAAGGGUUGGAGGAAGCGAAAGACCGCGGAAGAUCUUACUGCGACUUCCCGCCGUUUGGCACGGUACGAGAGCCUGCUGAACGAAAUCCUACCAAUGGUGUCCCCUGAAGUGCGGGUUCUGAUCGAGGACGCGCGAGACAAUGACACCGGCGCGUCAAACAAUGGCUCUGAAACUAACGAGACCGAGCAAAAUCUCCAACCGCCGACAUUACUCAAGAACGAGUCAAGCAUGUCUGGAUCGAAUGCGCGCAUCAUCCUCCCACUGCCGGUACCUAGCCUCGGUGCUGGGACCAGCCCACUUCCUCCAACAGCUUCACGUUCGUCGACGUCCUCAGGCACUUUCGAGUCUGUCCCGACUCUCCCGACCGCCAACACAACCGGUAGUGCCAAUGUGCAACCAACACAACGGCUUUCCCCGGACUCUAACCCAGUAGCACGGUUGCCGUCCAUCACACCCGACGGGCAGCUAAUCGAGACCGGGGUCAGAGAUCGUUCGCCAACAAGUCUCCAUCGCCGGCCCGAUUCCGCCGCAAGUUAUGGUAUGGGAGCUUCACCGACCUCUCCCACGAGUCUUGCGUCCCAAGGAGGUGCGUUUCCCGGACCACAUCCUGGACGUUCACAUACUGACUGCCGGAGAAGAGAUGACGAGGCCACAACAAUUUUCCCCUGGUUGAAAUCCACCGAAGCUGCAACGGUCCGAAAUUGA